GACUGGACGGCCUUAUCAGAUGCCACAGAGAUGCUUGGAGCAUUCUAGAGCAAGGGCUUAUUUUCAUUGGAGUCUCCUUGGAUGGCUCUGGACACAGGGCUUGUUUCCGGGGGCAGCCUCCCACCACAUCACCAUCCUGGAGAUAUAAGGGCCAUCACCACCCAGCAGAAUUCAGGAGACUGUGCAGGGGAGCAAGGAUUUUGUGUCAGGACAAGAUGUUUCAGCUUUGGAAACUUGUUCUCUUGUGCGGCCUGCUCGCUGGGACCUCAGCAUCUCUUCUUGACAAUCGUGGCAACGAUGUUCUGAGGAAGCUGAGAUCUGCUCUUGAGAGUGGACUUGCCAGCUUUGACAGUGCAAUUGAAAUUAUCUUUCAGAAUUUGAAGGCUGAAUUGGAAUCCAGGUGUUCAGAAGAGGUUGUGGAGAACCGGGAACCUGAGAAUUUGUUGGAACAACUCAUUUCUAGAAUUUUUCAAGUAGUAAACAGGCUUACAGGGGUGAGAAUCAGGAAUGUCCAAGUCCCGGAUAUCACAUUCGAGGCAACUUCUAACAACAGUGCUGACGUGAAGAUCCCCAUCACUGCUGAUGUCACCGUGAACCUGCCUCUGUUGGGUGAGAUUGUCAGCCUGAACCUCACUGUGGAAAUCCAAACUAGUGUCAGCAUUGAAACUGAUGCCGAGGCUGAUGACUCCAAGGUGGUCGUGGGAGAAUGCGCCAACAACCCAGAAAGCAUCUCACUCACGGUGUUGCACAGGAGCUUUGGACUGCUCAACGACGUUGUGGACGUUGGCAUCAACCUUGCGAGAAGAGUGGUGUCCUCGGUGGUGCAGGACGAGCUGUGCCCACGAAUCCGUGAACUCCUUGAAAGCCUGGAUGCAGAGUGUGUUAAGAAACUCAUCGAAACUGCUGCCCAGAAUGAUGUGAGAAAGAGGAUGGGCCAGAUCUGGGUUCAAACCCUGGAUCUGCUACUUAGCAACUGUGCAAUCCUGGUCAACUAG